AUGGCCUCCUCACAUUCUACGCUCUCCUUCGAGCAAUCGACGCUGCUGGAUCACGUUCAGACCACAGGCACCCACAAGGUCAAAUACCACGGUGACUCGGACUGGGACUUUCAUGUAGAGUCUGCAAAGUCGCCUCUCGACCUUUCUCUCAUUCUGCCCCACUAUCGCGCACGUAACCAGCCCGUAGAGCAUCGCAUGUCGAUGCUGGUGACAAAUGACAGCGCCCCCAUAAAGCUAAAAGUGUGCCGCAACUUUCUUCGUUCCAAAUUCUAUCUCGAGGUCUUUGCAGAGACAUCAGAUGUCACUAUCUGGCUACCAUCCGACUUCAAGGGCAGGAUCCAGGCAUCAGGGAAGCCAACCUUUUCCGCUGGCUUCGUCAACCGAAUUCUUCGAAACGUGCGCAUCAACGAGCAGGACGAUGAGGAGAUCUACAGCGAAGACGAGGUUUACGUCGUUACCCAAGGCCGUGUUUCCUUUAGAAUGUGGGAUGUUCGAACCUGCAGUCCUGAAAAUACCCAUAAAGAAUCUCUGAAGAGAAUGUUCAGCUGUGCCCGCAAGGCGCCGGAGACGGCCAUCGACUGGGACUUCCUUCUCAAGGACUGA